CACACAGGUUGUAUUUUGAAGGUCAUAACCGGAAGUAGCACUCCGCGUCGGUGUUGUGACUCUACACGCGUCCCCUCCUCCCCAGCAUCGCUCAACCGGCUCUCAGCUUUCCGCCGAGCAGGAGUGCACCGCAGCCGGGGGAGGGGGGGUGGUGGUGGUGAAACAUGGCCUCAGCGUCCACCGGUAAUCCGCGCGCGUGAAUCCCGCCGGGGUUUCGGGUUUCCUCGCAAUGUUCUCCCGCCCGAGCACGCGGGGACCGCCCGCAGCGCGCCACCACGGGACGGACCGCGACGCGUGAUGCACAUCGGAGUCCAGGAGUUGGCGCCCCGCUGCCAGGAGGUGAUGGUCUCCUUCUCUCACCUGCCGCCGCGUCGCGGUGAUUUUUAACAGUGCGUUCCUUUCACUUCUCGUGCAACUCUCUGCGUGAAACUGCGCAUUUCGCCGGGAGCGCGCCGGGAUUCACCGCACGCCGGACGGCCUGCGUUUGACCACCGGAGGAGCUGGACCGGGAACUCCGCGAUGAUCUGACGGCCGCCGGAAAGUGCCGCCAACAUUAGUCCAAGUCUCCUGGCGUCGCCAUCUAAUUGGCCGCUUGCCCGGCACGUGAUGGCCAAUAACAACGAGCUACAGAGCGACCCGGGCGGGCUGUCUGUGCUCCAGCAGCUCGGUCUGGACCAGAACUCCGACUUCUCCGACUCCAGCGUGCAGCAGUGCCUGGACGAGCACCGCGAGAGGAUCCGCAGGGAGAUCCGCAAGGAGCUGAAGAUCAAGGAGGGCGCGGAGAAUCUGCGCCGCGCCACCACCGACAAGCGGAAUGCCCAGCAGGUGGACUCGCAGCUUCGCAGCUCCAACCGCAAGCUGGAGUCCCUCCAGACGCAGCUGCAGGAGCUGGACGCACACAUUGUGGUCAAGGGCCCCGAUGAAAGCAAAGAUGACCACCAGUCCCCGGGGGCCCCCAAUCGGGUGUCGGCCAACCAGCAACGCAUCGCGGCUUUGGACCGGCAGCUAAACAUCGAGCUGAAGGUCAAACAGGGAGCAGAGAACAUGAUUCCGAUCUAUGCCAAUGGCGGUACCAAGGACAAGAAGCUGCUCCAGACGGCUCAGCAGAUGCUGCAGGACAGCAAGACGAAGAUCGACAUCAUCCGCAUGCAGAUCCGCAAGGCCAUGCAGGCCACGGAGCAGUCUGAGGACAGCCAAAGUAAGCCGGACAUGUGUGGGAUGGAGCUGCGCAUGGAAGAGUUGUGGCACCACUACCGCGUGGAGCACGCCAUGGCCGAGGGCGCCAAGAACAUGCUGCGACUGCUCGGCGCGGGGAAGGUCCAGGACAAGAAGGCCAUGGCGGAGGCCCAGUGUGGUUUGAGCGGGGCGUCCCAGCGCCUGGACCUGCUCCGGUGUUCUCUGGAGCAGAGGCUGCAGGAGCUGCCCGAGGACCAUCCCAAGGCUUGCCUCAUCAAGGAGGAACUGGUGCUGGCCACCUCCUCGGCUUUCAGCUCCCGCCACAGCACGCCGUACGUCCACAACCAGUACAGCACCAUGAGCAAACCCUCGCCUCUCACAGGUACUCUUCAGGUGCAUCUUCUGGGCUGCGUGGGGCUGCUGGAGGUCGUCCCAGGGCGGAGCAGAGGGACUCCGCUGGUUCUGCCCUCUUACUCCGUGGGAGACGGACGCUCCUCCUUCAAACUGAGUGGCCUCUACAGCCGCAGCACCAGCAGCAUGAGCCUGAAGAUCCCCGGCAAAAACGAGGAGCUCUCCUCGGAGGUCAGCGCGGUGCUGAAGCUGGAGAACACCGUGGUCGGUCAGACGGUGUGGAAGACGGUUGGAGAGCAGACCUGGGACCAGACCUUCAUCGUGGAGCUCGAGAGAUCCAGGGAGAUGGAGAUAGCCGUGUACUGGAGAGAUUUCCGCUCCCUGUGCGCACUCAAGUACCUCAAGCUGGAGGAGUUCCUGGACAACCAAAGACACCAAGUCCAGCUGGAACUGGAGCCGCAGGGGCUGCUGCUGGCUGAGGUGAUUUUCUUCAACCCCGUGAUAGAGAGAGGCAGAAAGCUCCAGAGGCAGAAGAAAGUCUUCUCCAAACAGCACGGUAAAGCCUUCGUGCGCGCUCGCCAGAUGAACGUGGACAUCGCCACUUGGGUCCGCCUGCUGAGGAACGCCAUCCCCACUGGAAGCAACGUGCCCGCCUACACAGCCAGUUUCACCGGCAACAUGCCGAGCGCAGGAGAAAUGUCAGUGGAGAAGCUGAAUCUGGGCAGCGACUCACCUCCCAAAGCUGAAAUCCGGAGAGAUGAGGUGGACGCGGCCGCUCCCUUGGAACAGACGCCUGUCAUUGAGGCCCCGUCCACGCCGGAUGUCCCUGUGCACGAGCAGCAGCAGCAGCCGACCAGAUCGCUGUCCAUGAACUCCUCCAGCAGACCAAGCAGAGGCCCCCUGUGCCUGCAGGACUUCAAACUGAUAGCUGUGCUCGGCCGGGGCCACUUUGGGAAGGUGUUGCUGUCAGAGUACAAGAGGAGAGGCAGCCUGUACGCCAUCAAAGCCCUGAAGAAGGGAGACAUCGUGGCAAGGGACGAAGUGGAAAGGUAACCGCCGUUCACGACGC